GCGCGGAGCAUGAGAGGUGGUGCUUAUGAAAUUGUUAGUAAACAUACACAGGACUUUCCGCGUUGUAGGCCGAUUUUCUAGAGGAUUUAUCAGAAGCAGGACUCCGAAUAUAUCCACCUUUUAUAAGGUAUCCUGUAUUAUUCAGUGUAGAGACUUUGCAUCCAUUAGAAGUAUGGCAUCAGAUGAACCAGCACCCAAGAAAGCGAAAAUUGAUGAAGACGCUCUCAAUAUCCACAAGCGCUUGAAGAAGGAGCGAUAUGAAGAGGCUGAGGAUGUAAGUGAAUUUAAGUUCAAUAAGAAGCGAGUAGAAGUGAUUAGUAAAGAGGGAGAAGUACCUGAUGAUUGUGAUGGGAUUGUAUACUGGAUGUCUCGAGACCAGAGAGUUCAAGAUAACUGGGCAUUGUUGUUUGCCCAGCGACUAGCAUUGAAGAAUAAAGUGUCACUCCAUGUUGUAUUCUGUCUGGUUCCAAAGUUUUUGGAUGCAACCAUUCGCCAUUUUCACUUCAUGUUAAGGGGUCUGGAGGAGGUCGAGAAAGAGUGCAAAGAACUUAACAUAGAGUUUCACCUUCUCCUUGGUGAAGCAAAAGAUGUUUUGCCCACCUUCAUCAAGGAACACAAAAUUGGGGGAUUAGUUACAGAUUUCUCACCCUUGCGUGUUCCUCAGCAGUGGCUCAAAGAUGUUAAGAAAGCUAUUCCGAGUAGCAUUCCGAUGUGCAAGGUUGAUGCACAUAACAUUGUGCCUUGCUGGAUAACCUCAGAUAAACAAGAAUACUCAGCAAGAACAAUUAGAAAGAAAAUUCACGACAAGCUACCCAAGUUCUUGACAAAAUUCCCACCUGUUGCUAAACAUCGUUAUACAAGCAAGUACAAAUCAGAGGGUGUGGAUUGGGUAGAGGCUGAGAAAAGUCUAGAGGUAGACCAAGCAGUCAAGCCGGUAGACUGGGCAACUCCAGGAACAAGAGCAGGCCUGGACCUUCUGAAUGAAUUUUGCUUGAAACGCCUUCGCAAAUUUGCCGACAGCCGUAAUGAUCCAACAAUAAAUGCACUGAGUAACCUGUCACCUUGGAUACAUUUUGGCCAAAUAUCAGCCCAGAGAUGUGUCCUGGAAGUCAAGAGAUACAACAAGCAGCUAAGCAAAUCUGUAGAAGCUUAUGUCGAAGAAGCUGUGGUAAGGAGAGAAUUGUCAGACAAUUAUUGCUUCUACCAGAAAAAUUACGAUAAUCUUGACGGAGCAUAUGAAUGGGCUCGCAAAACCCUAGAAGACCACAGGCAAGUAUAGGCAUGAGUAAUGAUAAUGUGAUUUUUUGAAUUAUUGCAGUUUUUUUUCCAUUUAAGUUACAAAUUAAUUUUGUGGGUAUUUUUCUUCACUUUUUUGCUGAAGCCCUUAACAAUCCAAGAGUAAGUGCUGUGAACAACAACCACAUUUUAUAUGCCUUAUGAAGGAUUAGGUUCAAUUAAAAUAUUUUUUGUACCUCAUUCCAGAAAGGACAAACGGCCAUAUGUUUACACAAGGGAAACACUAGAGGAAGGAAAAACACAUGAUGAACUUUGGAAUUCUGCUCAGAUACAAUUGGUGACUGAGGGUAAAAUGCAUGGCUUCUUGAGAAUGUAUUGGGCAAAGAAGAUUCUGGAGUGGAUGAAGAGCCCAGAUGACUCUUUGGCAACAGCAAUCUAUCUUAAUGACAAAUACAGUCUUGAUGGUAGAGAUCCCAAUGGCUAUGUUGGUUGCAUGUGGUCUAUAUGUGGCAUCCAUGAUCAGGGCUGGGGAGAGAGACAGGUGUUUGGAAAGAUCCGUUACAUGAACUAUGAUGGCUGCAAGAGAAAGUUCAAGAUUGAUGCAUUUGUUGCACGGUAUGGUGGAAAAAGACACAAGUACAUUCCAGCAGUCUGAACCAAAGACAAUAUACAGUGACUCAUACCACUUGUGUUCACAGCAGCUACCUAAGACUGAAAGACUGUUCUUUUUAUGUGAAAGGAACUCUGGUACUGUAAGAGUAGAGGUAGAUGGCAGUAUACUUUUUAAUAAAUGUUCUAAAUGUCAUUGAUUACAGAAUUACUUAAAUUUCUUUUAAUAGUAAUUAGAUAUGUUUUAAAUGUCAUUGAUUACAGAAUUACUUAAAUUUCUUUUAGUAGUAAUUAGAUAUGUUUUAAAUGUCAUUGAUUACAGAAUUACUUAAAUUUCUUUUAAUAGUAAUAGUUUUAAUAGUUUUGUGAUUGAUAAAAGAAAUCUGUUUUAUAGUUUUCUAGAUUCUACAUUACAAUGAAUAUAUGAAAUUCUCUCAGUUUUCUAAAUGUGAAUAGAUUUAAGCAAAAUCACAUGCUUUAUAUGAAUUACAUAAUCUGCAUUUAGGAUCAUGUUAAUAGUUUAGAUUCGUGUCAGCAUUUAGCUCAUAAAAUUGCGAUGUUUGGUGAUUUGCUGUACUUAUUUUUAUUUUAUCUAAAAGAAUCUCAGGACUUACUCUGUUUAAUGAGUGCAGGUUGUAUUGAUUGAGAGGAAGCCAAGCACCAUUUUACCGAUUACGUUGGUUCAAAGUCUCUCUGUAUCUGAUUUCUGGUAAAAGAUCUGUUAAUUAUAUUUUUUAGUAAUUAAAAAUUCAGAA